GCUCAGUGUGCAUAGUGUCCAGCUAGUAUACCAAAAAAAAAAAAAAAAAAAAAAAAAAAAAAAAAAAAAAAAAAAAAAAAAAGAGGCUCAAUCAAGAUGGCAGACCCUAAGGCGCAAGCAACCGAGUUGAAGAAUCAGGGAAACAAGGCAUUCCAAUCCCACGACUGGCCGAAAGCUAUUGAGCUUUAUACCCAGGCCAUCGAGUUGAACCCAGAAGAGCCGACCCUGUAUUCGAACCGAGCUCAGGCUUACCUGAAGACGGAAGCUUAUGGAUAUGCCGUUGCCGACGCGACCAAGGCAAUCGAGCUGAACCCUGGAUUUGUCAAGGCAUACUAUCGCCGAGCGAUCGCCAACACGGCCAUACUACGCCCCCGUGAAGCUCUCAAGGACUUCAAGUCGUGUGUCAAGAUCGAUCCAGGCAACAAAGAUGCUAAGCUCAAGCUGGUCGAGUGUCAAAAAGUGGUGCGCCAGCUUGACUUCUACGCCGCUAUCGAGGUUGGAGACGAGCCGUCGGCCGCCGCUGGCCUCGACGUUGCCUCAAUAGCAGUUGAGCCCGACUACGACGGCGUCAAGCUGGGCGACGAGAUGACACAAGAGUUCAUCGACGACAUGAUGGAGCGGUUCAAGACCGGCAAGAAGAUCCACAAGAAAUAUGUUUACCAAAUCGUCAUAGCCGUCAAGGAUAUUGUUUACAACGAGCCUACAAUGGUCGAGGUCGACAUCCCUGAGGAUGUGACUCUCACCGUGUGUGGCGAUACCCACGGCCAAUACUUCGACCUUAUGGAGCUCUUCAGGCUCAACGGUACACCAUCAGAGAAGCACUGGUACUUGUUCAACGGAGACUUUGUCGACAGGGGCUCUUGGUCGACCGAGAUCGCACUGCUUUUGUAUGCGAACAAAUGGCUUCGCCCGAAGCAGUUCUUCCUGAACCGUGGAAAUCACGAGACAGACGACAUGAACCGUGCAUACGGUUUUGAGGGAGAGUGCAAGGCCAAGUACAACGAAAGGACUUUCAAGCUUUUCUCGGAGAGUUUCUCGGCCUUGCCACUGGCGACUUUGAUCGGCCAUAAAUUCUUCGUCCUCCACGGAGGGCUCUUCUCAGAUGACAACGUCACCCUGGACGACAUCCGGAAGCUCGACAGGCAUAAGCAGCGUCAACCAGGCCAGGCUGGUCUGAUGAUGGAGAUGCUAUGGACGGAUCCUCAGCCAGAGCCAGGCAGAGGCCCAAGUAAGCGUGGUGUGGGCAUGCAGUUUGGCCCUGACGUCACUGCGAGGUUCUGCGAAAAGAAUGGUCUCGAUGCCAUUAUCCGAAGCCACGAGGUGCGCAUGGACGGUUACGAGGAAGAGCACAACGGAAAGUGUAUCACAGUUUUCUCUGCGCCAAAGUACUGCGACAUGACGGAAAACAGGGGCGCUUACAUCAAUAUCAAAUCCGAUUACAAGUUACAAUUCCACCAAUUCGACGCGGUCCCGCAUCCCAACAUCAGGCCAAUGGCUUACGCACAAAAUUCGCUUAUGUCUUCGUUGAUGUGAGUUGGCAGGCAUGUAUCUUGUACGGCCUCAUAGAUCGAUGGGGCUACUGGAUCCUUCGCUCGCAUAGACCAGGAAAGAUAUCGUUGGUAGCAUUUCUUCGGGCGUUAUCUUGGUUCUCAGGCUUUGGCGUGUGGCGUUUAAUGGCGGUUGGAGAAAAGUCUCUAAAGCCAGAUAGGCUUGCCGAAAUCUGUAGCAUAGCCGUGAUGAAUACACAAACCGCUGGGUGGUAUUUUUUUACUCCAACGGAAUGGUGAAUGGGAUUCGGUGGCCGAGUUGGAUUGAUACGGUGAUAGCUGCUGUGUUUCACUCGCCCUUUCGAGACGCACGAGACAUCACGAACUCCAUAGCGACUGCUGCUCACUCCUCCCAAGAAGACUGCCCAACCAGUCUCCUGCAGCCAAAAUCCUCAGGCCAGUGGUGACCCCGGACUGCACGGCACCGGGCCAUGAGGUGACGGCGGCCGAGAAACGGCCCAAGUCCGGGCCUGGCAAACGGACCCAAAACUCCCCCUUGGCCGCAUCCACCUUGAGCACAUCGACAGUGACGGCCGCACCCGUGGCUCCCAGAAAUUGCUGCACGGCAGAUGCGCAGUAGGACCGGGCCUGUAGCGCGUCCAGGCUUGGUUGCUCGCCAGGGUCGUCGGACUGCACACGCAGGUGAGCGUAUGCAUAUGCAGGCUUCUUGACUGUGCAAGAAAAUAUUUCGUAGGAUUUGGAGGCGGGUUUCUGUGAUAGCUUGGCGGUUGACGUCGUUGAGUCAUCUAACAUUGUGGUGUCUUCUGAUUCCAUUUUGAGGGGUGAUUUUCUUUUUCCCUCCUUUUCCCCCCCAACAAAACCUGGCAAAAAGUAAUGUGAUGAUUUUGAGGUACAAUGGGUUAAUUAGCUCCUAAUGUCGUAUAUGUGUAGUAUUUCAGAGCAAUUUUAGAAACACACAGCGAGAAACAUGCAUUGGACAAAC